CGUCAUUGGCUCCUGUUUUCAUAGCUGAUUAGCAUGUCUGUCAAAAGCAUCAGAUCUAACUUUGCUCUUACGGUCGUCAGCAUCUGUGUGGGUGUGGCCACUUUGGGUUUCUGUUCGGUUAUUCCGCUGGCGUCUUCAGUUACUAACGUCGUCGUUCAUCCGCUCUCCGUCAAGGGCCUGUCGUCAACAACUUUAGACGAUCCAGCUGUUUCAAAUGCGGAGAGAUCUUCGUUUGCCGAUUGCGGAGUGGCCAAUGAUGUCAAUCGCAUGGUCGACGGAAAGAUCGUCGGCGGAGUAGAAACGGCCCCCAACGAAUUUCCGUGGCAAGCCUACCUCCAGGUAGAAAUGGAAAGUGGCAAGAUCUACAGUUGCACAGGAAGUUUGGUGUCUGAACGAUGGAUUCUCACGGCGGCCGCCUGUGCGACAGUACCAAACGAAAAAACAAAGUCGAUCCUCGUCUACCUGGGAUUGCACAAUCGCUCGAGUUUAUUCACCGAGGCGAAUGCCAAAAUGUACGAGGGAAAAGGCCUAUUGGUUCACAGUGGAUGGGAUUGGGACACGGCCUUUGACAAUAUUGCGCUCGUCUAUCUCUAUACCGCCGUCACCUUUACCCAAUACAUCCGCCCAGUUUGUUUGGCCAAUCCAAUCGAGCCGAGUUACGCUGGCGAGUAUGCCACCGUUGCCGGAUGGGGUAGAACUUCUGAUGGUUCUACUAGCAGUAGCCAGGUUCUCCGUAAAGUGACGGUUCCGGUCAUCUCCAAUUCCCUAUGCCAGUCGUACUACAGCGUCCCUAUUACGGAGAGUAUGAUGUGUACCAGUGGAGGAAAUAGUAACGGAAUAUGCGGGGGCGACAAUGGCGGGCCGUUGAAUUUAAAACAGCCGGAUGGAACGUGGAAACAGAUCGGGAUCGCUUCCUUCUGGUCGGCCGCAGGUUGCCAGAUGGGUUACCCUUCCGGCUACACAAGGUUGAGCUCCUAUUCGACGUGGGUCCAGCAAAUCAUCGCACCAGGGUCCGACUUUAGCACCACCCCUUUGAUGAUUCGGACGACGACAACAAUUAAAACGACACCGACAACAACUCAAACAGCCUCGACGGAUGCACCAACCGACGCACCAACCGACGCUCCAACCGACGCUCCAACCGACGCACCAACCGACGCACCAACCGACGCACCAACCGACGCACCAACCGAUGCACCAACCGACGCACCAACCGACGCUCCAACCGACGCACCAACCGACGCACCAACCGACGCACCAACCGACGCACCAACCGAUGCACCAACCGAUGCACCAACCGAUGCACCAACCGACGCACCAACCGACGCACCAACCGACGCACCAACCGACGCACCAACCGACGCACCAACCGACGCACCAACCGACGCACCAACCGACGCACCAACCGACGCUCCAACCGACGCCCCAACAACAACUCAAACUAUUACCCAGUCAACUUCAACAAAAAGCCCAACAACGACGUCCACCGAGACGACUGUAAGGACGACUCAGAAGACAACAACCCCAACCACUACGACAUCAAUUACCAACCCAUCACCGACAACUUUCAGCUGUGCUGGUAAAGCCAACGGCAACUACCCCAAUCCGGAAUCCAGCUGCUCCAAUACAUUUUACACGUGCUCAAACGGCAACGCCCAUCUCUUCAACUGCCCUUCUAAUUUGGUUUAUCGGGAGGAAAUUGGCGUCUGCGAUUAUCCUUCCAACGUCGCCGGAUGUCAUUAAGAAAUAUCCUGGAAAUAUCCGAUUCUGAUUUAAUUUUCCAAUCGAUUGUCGAUUUUCUUGGCUGCAAGUCAAGAAUGUAUUAAUCACUUCCUAUCAAUUCCAAUAAAGUAGUCCAUUACGUA